AUGAAUUAAAAGUAAACAAAUUUAAAAGAUGAUGAUGAUGAUUUUACUCUCAACACAUCACAUGCUGAACCAUUAGAACUUGAUGAUUAAUACACAAAACCAAAAUCUAUUUGUUGGGGAAGAUGUCAUCCUAUGAUGUUUAGAAAAGGAAAUCCUACUGUAGUUAUUGGACCUCAUUGUAAUUAGAUAUUUUUACUUUAGGGCCUUUAUUUAUUUGUGCUUUUCUCUUAUUCAUUUCUAUUGGAGGUCUCUUUAUUUUCAUUAGAUUCAAUGAUGAUCCAUUAAUAUUUUAUACUACUAUUCUUGUUGGUAUCAAUCAAUGUGUAAGUUACUUAAUUGUUUCACUUAUUAACCCAGGUGUUGCUAAUGUAGAAAGAAUUGAUGUUGAAAAAAAUUAAAAUAAUAACCAAAAAACAUGGUACUCUAUUCAAUUAUGAAAAGGUAUUGCAAAGUUUGCAAAUUGAUUUAAGUCAAAGAAACCUAACAUUGUUUAGAUUGUGAUAUUUGUAUUUAAGAAUUCGAUCAUCAUUGUCCUUGGACUGGCAAAUGUAUUGGAAAGGGGAAUAUCAAAUAAUUUUAUUAUUUUAUCUUAAGUACUAUUGUGUUUAUGACUUUUAAUCUUGUUAUAAUUUUGAUAAAAAUUAAAGAAUAAGAAUCUAAAACACAAAAAUAACAAUGA